CAAAGCUCCGUCUCAAAAACAAAAAAGAAAAAUCCAGAAACCGGGAUGGGGCCUGACUUCCUCUCCCUUGACCUGGAGUAAGCUGCUGGCCACUUCGCCUGGGUUUCCUGUCUGUGGAAGAGGGGCAAUGUCAUUAUUUACUCAUGGGGCCACUGGGAGAAUGAAAUGAGUUGGUGCUUGCGAAGUGCAGGUUCCCAUUCACUGGUAUCGGUUCUGUCUCCUGACCUCGGGGGAGGUGAGAGAAGAAUGCACUUUGUUUAGAGCCUGUGCUUUCCACGCCGAAGGCCAAGGCCAAGAAGUUCUUUCCUCCGUGCCCUGGACGGAGCAGUGGCUUUCCGGUGGGGAGGGGGGAGAGUGGAGCGGCGACUGUCCAGAAGGAACUGGUCGAGCAGGUCUGGAUUCCAGAGACUCCUGGGUCGCUCCCCCUCCCUUCCGCCACCUGGCUGUAAAAUGAAAACAAGCGAAGGAAACUGGGAAGGGGCAGGGGUUUGUCUCUGCUGCGGAUCUGCUGUCUACCGGAAAGAGCUGCAGAGACGAGGCAGUGGCUUCUGUGCUGGCUGCCGGGAGGAGGAGGCCCUCGGUGGUGCCCAUGGCUGGCCAGGACCCCAUGCUGAGCACGAGUCACCCGUUCUACGAUGUGGCCAGACAUGGCAUUCUACAGGUGGCAGGGGACGACUGCUUUGGACGACGCGUUGUCACGUUCAGCUGCUGCCGGAUGCCGCCUUCCCACGAGCUGGACCACCAGCGGCUGCUGGAGUAUUUGAAGUACAUGCUGGACCAGUAUGUGGAGAAUGAUUACACCAUUAUCUAUUUCCACUACGGGCUGAACAGCCGGAACAAGCCGUCCCUGGGCUGGCUCCAGAGCGCGUACAAGGAGUUCGACAGGAAAUACAAGAAGAACCUGAAGGCCCUCUACGUGGUGCACCCCACCAGCUUCAUCAAGGUCCUGUGGAACCUCUUCAAGCCCCUCAUCAGCCACAAGUUUGGGAAAAAAGUCACCUAUUUCAACAACCUGAGUGAGCUCCGUGAACACCUGAAAUACGAUCAGCUGAUCGUCCCGCCCGAGGUUCUGCGGUACGAUGAGAAGCUCCAGAGCCUGCACGAGGGCCGGCCGCCACCUUCCACCAAGACACCGCCGCCGCGGCCCCCGCUGCCCACCCAGCAGUUUGGCGUCAGUCUGCAAUACCUCAAAGACAAAAAUCAAGGGGAACUCAUCCCCCCUGUGCUGAGAUUCACAGUGACGUACCUGAGAGAGAAAGGCCUGCGCACCGAGGGCCUCUUCCGCAGAUCCGCCAGCGUGCAGACCGUCCGCGAGAUCCAGAGGCUCUACAACCAAGGGAAGCCUGUGAACUUCGACGACUAUGGGGACGUUCACAUCCCUGCCGUGAUCCUGAAGACAUUCCUUCGAGAGCUUCCCCAGCCACUGCUGACCUUCCAGGCCUACGAGCAGAUUCUUGGGAUCACCUGUGUGGAGAGCAGCCUGCGCGUCACCUGCUGCCGCCAGAUCCUGCGGAGCCUGCCUGAGCACAACUACGUCGUCCUCCGCUACCUCAUGGGCUUCCUGCACGCGGUAUCUCAGGAAAGCAUUUUCAACAAAAUGAACAGCUCUAACCUGGCCUGCGUCUUCGGGCUGAAUUUGAUCUGGCCAUCCCAGGGGGCCUCCUCCCUGAGUGCCCUCGUGCCCCUGAACCUGUUCACUGAACUGCUGAUCGAGUACUAUGAAAACGUCUUCAGUGCCCCGGAGGCACCUGGGGGGCAUGGCCUGGCACCGCAAGUGCAGGGGGGCAGGGCAGCCCGUUUGCAGGAGGCUGUGCUGCAGACACAAGCCAUGGCCCUCACCAAGCCUUCCCUACCUCCAAGUCCCCUGAGAGCAGCCAGAAGACACCUCUAGUGUUGCAGCCACUGUAGUUCCAGCUACCUCCCACACCAGUGAACUCGUAUGUUUUAUAAACUUGCCAUCUGAGGCAUUAGAUGAACUCGGAACCUUUGAAUUAAAAUUCUAUGCUUCUUGGA